AUGGCACCUACAACGAGUAGUAAAACUGAUAAAACAAAAUUAGAAAAAAUAUCAUCGUUAGAGCCAAGAUCCAUCCAGCAAAAUGUGGCAUCCAAGAAACAUCCAACAUAUAUGAUUAUGAUCAAAGAAGCGCUUGAGACAUUAAAAAAACGGAAUGGAUCAUCACGUCAAGCGAUAUUGAAUCAUAUAAUGGAAAUAUAUGAUAUUCAGCGGAGUACAUCAACCAAUUUGCAUCUACGCACAGCAUUACAAAAAAUGGUCGAUAAUGGAGAAAUACUUCAAGUCUCACGUGCAAACGGUUAUUUUAAAAGUAUACCAUCAAGAAAACCAAGAGCAAAAAAAAGUGAAAGUACUGAUGAUGCAUCGUUAUCAAAAAAACGUAUAAACGGACAUGCUUCGUCCUAUCAAGCUAGUGCUUCGGAUGAUGAUGAUCAUCAAAACUUGCACAAAACAAAGAAACAAUCAGUCAAAAAAGAUUAUACAGCAGGACAAAAAUCAGGCACUGGCAGUACAAAAUCAAAGCCGGUGAAACGUUUGGAAAGUAAACAGUCACCGAUUAAAACAAUAACCAAAGCGGUUGAUUCAAAAUCAAAAUUAGUAUCAUCGAAAAAAUCUAACCUUACUCGAAAUUCGCCAACAAAACGAUCGUCACCAAGAAAAACAGCAGGAAAAAAAUAA